CGCAGGUCCUUUCGCUGCUGUGUGGCGUUUUGAGUUUCACUGAGCCCCACAUGAGUUUAGCUUUAGCAUUAGCUUUAGCAUAAGCUGCAGCUCCAGUCUAGCUCAGGAUCUGUUAGAAGAGUUCAAUCUGCGGCUCCAGGCGUUCCAGAGGUUCAUAUCCAGGGUCGUGUGUGUCUCCGACAUGGGUAAAAGGAACAGAAACAGAGGGAGGAAUGGAGGAGGCCGGGACGGAGGAGCGGAGGGGAAGAGGGACAGAGAUUCUGGUUGGGGUGCCGGCUAUGCUGACAUCAUCAAGGAGAAUAAAUUGUUUGAGCAGUACUACCAGGAGCUGAAGAUUGUGCCAGAGGGAGAAUUUGAGGAAUUUAUGGAAGCUAUGAGGGAGCCCCUACCUGCUACAAUACGAAUCACUGGAUACAAAAGCCAUGCCAAAGAAAUUCUCCAUACCCUCAAAGAGAAGUACUUUAAGGACAUUCAGGAUCUAGAGAUAGAUGGUCAGAAGAUUGAAGCCCCACAGGCUCUGUCCUGGUACCCUGAUGAACAGGCUUGGCACACCAACAUGAGUAGAAAGAUUCUGCGGAAGUCACCGCUUCUGGAAAAGUUCCACCAGUUCCUAGUCAGCGAGACUGAGUGUGGAAAUAUUAGCAGGCAGGAGGCUGUCAGUAUGAUUCCUCCUCUUCUGUUGAAAAUUGAGCCUCACCAUAAGAUUCUGGACAUGUGUGCUGCUCCAGGAUCAAAGACUGCUCAGCUGAUCGAGAUGCUGCAUUCUGAUAUGGAUGUGCCUUUCCCUGAGGGCUUUGUAAUUGCUAAUGAUGUGGAUAAUAAGCGCUGUUACCUGCUGGUGCACCAGGCUAAAAGGCUGAACAGUCCAUGUAUCAUGGUGGUGAACCACGAUGCCUCCUGCAUCCCGCGCCUGAUGGUGGAGCAAAACGGCACAAAAGAUGUACUCUUCUAUGACAGAGUGCUGUGUGACGUGCCAUGCAGUGGCGAUGGGACGAUGAGGAAGAACAUAGACGUGUGGAAGAAAUGGACAACCAGCAACAGCUUACAUCUUCAUGGACUGCAGCUGAGGAUAGCAGUGCGUGGCGUGGAGCAGCUGGCUGUGGGUGGCAGGAUGGUUUACUCCACCUGCUCCCUGAACCCCAUCGAGGAUGAAGCAAUCAUUGCAUCCCUGCUGGAGAAAAGUGAAGGCGCAUUAGAGCUGGUCGAUGCCUCUGCUGAUCUGCCAGGCCUGAAGUACAUGCCAGGAAUUACAUCCUGGAAGCUGAUGACCAAAGAGGGCCAGUGGUAUUCUGACUGGUCCGAGGUGCCCACAAAUCGACACACUCAGAUCAGACCCACCAUGUUCCCUCCGACCGACCCAGAGAAACUGCAGAGCAUGAAGCUGGAGAGAUGUAUGAGGAUAUUACCACAUCACCAGAACACUGGUGGCUUUUUUGUGGCGGUGCUGAUGAAGAAAGGGCCCAUGCCGUGGAACCGCCGCCAACCGAAGCUCAGGAACAAGGGGGCCACCCCCUCCACAGCCCAACCAGAGGAGCCUCCUGCUGAAGAGGGAGAUGGGGAGACCCCCAGUGAGGAACCCCCCUGUAUAUCUGAUGCUUCAGAAAACCCCCCGGAGCCAGAAGCUAAGAAAGACGGAGUGUGUGGGCCCCCGCCUUCAAAGAAGAUGAAGCUGUUUGGUUUCAAAGAGGAUCCCUUUGUGUUUCUGACUGAGGAUGACCCUGUGUUCCCACCAAUCCAGACGUUCUAUAACCUGUCUUCAGACUUCCCAAAGCUGAAUGUGCUGACUAGGACUCAUGAAGGGAAGAAGAGGCAUUUGUAUAUGGUGUCCAAGGAGCUACGCAAUGUCCUCCUUAACAACAGUGAGAGGAUGAAAGUCAUCAACACAGGAGUGAAAGUGUGGUCGAGAAAUAACGACGGGGAACAGUUUGGCUGCGCCUUCAGACUGGCCCAGGAGGGUAUUUACACGCUCAAUCCCUACAUCAGAGCGCGCGUGAUCAACAUCAGUGUGGAGGAUGUGAAGGUCCUCCUUACCGAGGAGAAUCCUUUUCUCAGCAGGCUGGGAGAAGACGCUCACGCCCAGGCCAAGAAACUCGAAAUGGGCAGCAUUGUUUUAAGAUACCAACCAGAUCUAAAGGACCCCGAUGCUCCUCAGUGCCCCAUUGAGCUUUGCGGUUGGAGGGGGAAGACCUCGAUCAGAGCCUUCGUGCCUCGCAACGAGCGCCUCCACUAUCUGCGCAUGGUCGGUGUGGAGGUUUUCAAGGACAAGCAAGGCAAGAAGGAGGGAGGUGCGUCAGAAAGCCAAGAGGGAAACGCGGAGAACACAGAAGAACCGGGUCAGGAGGAGGACACUGCAGAGCAGGAGCAGUCAGACACAGAGCAGAAUGGAUCAGCACAAUCAAAAACCAACAACUCUGAGGAUGUGAGCAGCACUUGACAUGUUAGUGGAGCGUUAGUGGAGCGUUAGUGAAGCUUUAGCAAGACGGAUCACUCCAGAGCCAGAUUUGACCAACAGUGGAGAAAACGGAGGGAGAAUACUAACGAAGCUUUAAGAAAGUUGCCUUUGCAAUCAUCCCCUUUUUUAUAGAAAGUACAUGGACUAGCCUAUUCUUCCCUAGAUGGGGGAAUUGGAACAAUAAAACUAAUUUUAUUUUUAGAAAGGUUUUGUUGUUGUUGUUCUUAUUUUAAGUUUGGCUUGCUUUUACUGUAUCUUUUGUUUGUGUAAGCAGUUGUUUCAGGAGAUAACGAAAGAAGGUGGCUAGGGAUGGCUUCAGCUAAUCCCUGCUUUCAGCCAAAGCUUAUGCCAACCCGCUAAAUGUACAUUUAGCAAGCAAGUGCUAAAGAGGGCCUAUGGCCUGCUUUUUUUUAAAUUUCCCCUCAGAUGGGAUGUCAAGAAUGCAUUUAAUUUGACAUAUUAGUGUCUGACAUGCUGUAAAUACAUCUUCCCAUUUUAUUAAAAGGUACCUAAUAAAAAAGAAUCAAAACUAAA